AUGGCCAAAAAAUAUGAGGGACCUGCAAUUGGAAUCGACCUUGGCACGACCUAUUCAUGUGUCGCUGUAUGGCAGGGCCAAAACAAUAGAGCUGAGAUCAUAAACAAUGAUCAAGGAAACAGAACAAUACCUUCUUUUGUUGCAUUUACUAAUGCUCAAAGAUUGAUAGGUGAAGCUGCCAAAUAUCAGGCCGCCUCCAAUGCUUCAAACACUAUUUAUGAUGCAAAGAGAUUAAUUGGAAGAAAAUACAGUGAUAUCAUUACUCAGAAUGAUAUUCUAUUGUGGCCCUUUAAGGUCAUCGCCGGUAAUGAUGACAACCCCGUGAUUCUUGUUAACUACAAGGGUGAAGAAAAGCGUUUUUCUGCUGAAGAAAUAUCAUCUAUGGUUCUCACAAAAAUGAGGGAGAUUGCAGAAAAGUUCUUGGAGUCACCUGUUAAGAAUGCAGUGAUUACUGUUCCGGCAUAUUUCAACGAUUCUCAGCGGAAAGCCACAAAAGAUGCUGUUGCCAUUGCUGGCAUGAAUGUAAUGCGGAUAAUCAAUGAACCAACUGCGGCGGCUCUUGCAUAUGGACUUCAAAAGAGAGCUAAUUGUGUUGAAGAGAGAACUAUUUUCAUCUUUGAUCUUGGUGGUGGAACUUUUGAUGUGUCUCUCCUUACUAUUAAGAAUAAUGUCUUUAAAGUUAAGGCCACUGCUGGAGAUACUCAUCUCGGAGGAGAGGACUUUGAUAAUAGAAUGGUGAACCACUUUGUAGAGGAGUUCAAGAGGAAGCACAAGAAGGACAUAAGAGGGAACCCAGGAUCCUUGAGGAGGUUGCGAAGUAGCUGCGAGAGGGCAAAAAGGACUCUUUCAUUUGCUUCUGUCACUACUAUUGAUGUAGUAGCUUUAUUUGAAGGCAUUGAUUUGUAUUCAUCUAUCACUCGAGCAAAGUUUGAGGAAAUCAACAUGGAUCUCUUUGAAAAGUGCAUGAAGAUUGUCAAUAGAUGCUUUUGGGAUUCUGGAGUGGACAAGAGUAGUGUAGAUGAUGUUGUCCUUAUUGGAGGCUCGUCUAGAAUCUCCAAAUUGCAACAGCUUUUGCAAGACUUUUUUAAGGGUAAGGAUUUGUGCAUGAGCAUCAACCCCGAUGAAGCCGUUGCUUAUGGUGCAGCAGUCCAGGCUGCUUUGUUGAUCGAUGGCAUUAAGAAUAUUUCAGACAUGGUGUUGCAAGAUGUUACCCCGUUGUCUCUCGGUACUUCAGUAGAUGAAGAUAUCAUGGAUGUUAUAAUUCCAAAAAACACUUCCAUUCCUGUCAUUAAGUCUAAAAACUAUAAAACAGUUUAUGAUAAUCAAUCCUGCGUCUUGGUUGAUGUCUAUGAGGGUGAGAGAAUGAAUGCCAGUAAUAACAACUUGCUAGGUUCAUUUGAUUUUUCAGUUCCUCCUGCUCCUCAAGGCCAUAUUCCUAUCAAAGUACACUUUUCUAUAGAUGGUGAUGGUAUAUUAAAUGUAUCUGCAGAGGAAGAAACCAGUGGUAAUAGAAAAGAUAUUACAGUAACUAAUGAAAAUGGAAGACUCUCUAGCAAAGAAAUUGAGAGAAUGAUUAAAGAAGCUGAGAGUUUUAAGGCUGAAGAUACGAAACUUGAGCAGAAAGUUAAAGCAAAAAAUGACUUGAAUGAUUAUCUUUGCCAAGUGAGGAAAGUAAUUGCUGAUAAUGAUGUUAGUUCUAUGAUUUCUCCUGUUGACAAGUUGAAGAUCUAUACUGCUGUUGUGAAGGGCCAAAAAUUGUUGGAUGGCAAUAAGAAUGAAGAAGCCAAUGUGUUUGUUGAGUUUUUGAAGGAUUUAGAGAGCAUGGUUGAUUCUGCUUUGUACAAGAUCACAAAUGGAGUUUGA